CUAGUCUUUGACAUAAUAUAUUUACAACUUACUGAAGAUUUUAUGUAAACUAUAGACUCGGAUAAUUAGAUAAAAGUUUGUUGUUUUACAAACGCGAAGUGUCUAUGAAUUAGUGAUAACUAUUUUGGACGACAAGAACUAAGUAUUAAAAACCAGUGAGAAAUGUUAAAUAUGUUGGCGGCGGCCGUGAGGGCCAAAAACAAGCCCUCAAGACGUGACACCGGUUUCAUAUUGCGGUCGCAAUACCCCCAAUACGUCCUCUACGAUAGUGACGGCGACGAAGUCGAGUGCAAUAUGUCGGCAAUGAAGAUGUCUUAUGGCAGCGGCAGUAAGGCUGCCCUCACCGAUAUCAUCAUUAGACUACUCCUUAGAGAUGAUAUGACUAGCUUAUAUUAA